ACACAUCCUGCAAUCAGGUCACACUUCACUGUAGUCUCAGCAUCCGUCUCUCGCCCGUUAAAGCAGAGGAAUCGAGACAUCAGACAAGCGGAAUAAUGUUGUGGAUGAAUGGUCUGGGAUGUCUUCUCGUCCCGUUGCUGAUGCUCGUGCGGUUUUCCGUGCAGGUGGACGUUAAGAGCGGGAAAGAAGCGGAGAAAACGGGAAAUUUCAUGGAAGAUGAACAGUGGCUGUCCACCAUUUCCCAGUACAGUCGCAAGAUCAAGCACUGGAACCGCUUCAGAGAUGACGAUUACAUCAGAUCAUGGGAUGAAAGUCAAGGCUCGAAUGAAAAUGUUGACACCACUAAGGAUCCUUGCCAGAAGGUCAAAUGCAGUCGACAUAAGGUGUGUGUCGCUCAGGGUUACCAGCAUGCUGUGUGCGUCAACCGCAAAAAGCUGGAGCAAAGGUUGAAGCAGCAGGUCAUUAGACAGCAGCAGGAGAGUAACUGUAAAUCUUGCCCAGUAUCUUCCUCUGGUCUUGUUUGUGGUUCUGAUGGACACAACUAUGCCUCUCAGUGCAAACUGGAGCAGCAGGCUUGUCUCACAGGGAAGGAAUUGAAAGUAAGAUGUCCUGGUCCCUGCCCCUGUACCGCCACCGCGGCUCCUGCUACAGACCUGGACAGCAAACACGAGAGUUGCACAGGGCAGGACCUGGCAGAUCUGGGAGAUCGCCUGCGGGACUGGUUCCAACUACUCCAAGGCAAUGGCAAGCAGAACAGCACGGGGAAUCCUGUAGCCAGUUCUGCAUCAAUUGUGGACCGAACUCUUGUUGCGACCUGUAAGGACUCUAUUGGCUGGAUGUUCUCUAAGCUGGACACGAACAGUGACCUGUAUCUGGAUCAAGCUGAGCUGUCUGCCAUUAAUCUGGACAAGUAUGAAGUGUGCAUACGGCCCUUCUUCAACUCCUGCGACUCCUACCAUGAUGGCAAAGUCUCAACAGCUGAGUGGUGCCUCUGCUUUUGGAGAGAAAAGCCUCCAUGCCUGGCUGAACUAGAGCGAAUCCAAUUGCAAGAAGGAGCCAAGAAGAAACCAGAUACAUACAUUCCCAGCUGUGAUGAGGACGGCUUUUACAGGAGACUGCAGUGUGACAAGAGCAGAGGGGAGUGCUGGUGUGUGGACCAGCAUGGAGGAGAGUUAAUGGGCUCCAGAAUCCAUGGCAACCCCGACUGUGAUGAGAUGGUCACGUACUCGGGCGAUUUUGGCAGCGGGCUCGGAUGGGAAGAUGAGGAAGAAAAGGAGGCGGAGGAGAACGGCGAGGAGGCUGAGGAGGAGGAAGGGGAGGUGGGGGAGGUAGAUGACGGCGGAUACAUUUGGUAAAACGAAAUGUGAUUCUCGCCUUGUUCGACGUAGCUUUCUGUGGCCCAUUUCUACAGAGGCAGCUCUAUCUUCUGACAUUAAACAGUGGACACUGGAGGGUCUGUCAUCUUUAUAUUGCACACCAAACAGCAUUGAAUUGGGGAGGGUGGGGGGGUGGCUUGGUUAGUGUUAGUUGUAGUGAGAUUAUGGUACUGGGAAAGAGUUUUCAAUUAUUGGGCUUACGGAUACUUGUAAAACAUCAUAUUUUUGUUGUAAGUGCAAGAGUUUUCUCCUGAAUCAGUCUAUAGCAUCUGCAAACACGAGUUUCAGAAUUAGGCGCUUGAUAGGUGUGAUGUGAUGCAUUCUUAUGCAAGUCUAAUAAAUACAUACUUUCAUCAUUAUACAUUCAGAAAUGAUACCUGUUAAGUCUAAAGCGACUUUUUAAAGUAUGUAUAUAAUGAUAGGCAGGCUUUAGGGUCUAACCUGUUUCAUUAGAUCUUCUGUCGACCAUCAGCAACUGCUUUCUUUGGGAACUGAGACUGCUGGUAAUGUUUUUGCUGUUAAAGAGUUUCUGUGAAUUUUUUAAAAAUGUACUCCAAAUGAUUUAGCGAAUAUGAAUACAGAUUACUAUAAAUACAAAGACACAAUGUCCAAAAACACUAAGAGCUUAGUUAGCUUAGCUUAGCUCAAAAAGCUAAGACUGUUAGCCUACUCUGGCUGAAACAGUCUCUGCAUAAUUUCUUUGCUUCCUUGAAGUAGAUAUAGUCGUAAAUGUCUUGAGAUAAAGUAGCCUUGUCAGUGUAUUUGAAGAACUAUUUCUCCACGCACACAAACUACAAGAGAUUUUAGGCUACUUGCCAGAAAUACACAAUGCACUUCUACAAGACGAUCCUUGUCCUAAAGGCACUAUUUUAUUCCUGUCUUUUGUGUAAUAAUCCACUGAAACCAGAGAUGGCAAAGCAUUAUAUUUUCAUAUAAAUUACGCCUCAAUGCAGUAGCUUUCUCCCUCACCCCGACGUCCAAAUCAUUGUUUUCUUUUAAAUGGACAGUCAUAAAUCCUGAGAUAUGUGCGCUCUGGUUUCAUAUGUCUGUCAUAAUAGAAUUUGCUUAUACUCCACUAGGUCAGGCUGUAAUACGGUACUUCUGAUGCAACACAGCUAUUAUAACGAGGCAGUGUAUGGAUGAACACGAGAGGCAGGAAUGAGCUUUCGAAAAUGCAUUCUGACAUAUUCUCUCUCAUAUACCCAAAGGGACCAAUCUGUCUUUGCAGAUGUCUUCUAAUCAGAUCUUCCCAUCAUUUGCAGUGAAAGAUGUGUUGGCUGUAAUGUUCCUAGGUGUAAAUCUGGUGCUGCAAGGAUUUAUAUUCAAGAUCUGAAUCUUAAAAUCUACGACUAAAGGUGAAGUACAUGAGUCCCGCAGUAAAAAAUAUCUUAAGCAUCCAUUUUUAGAGUUAAAAUGCUGUAAAACAUGUAUGAAUUACAGCCUCAGCAUGGUAUGAUAAUUCACUCAGACGUGAUUUCUAUCUAAGCUCCAUACAGGGAAGAGAAAAUGCAUUUGAUAUGGUAACAUCCCCAGCGUAAACACAUUCAUCAAUGUACCAUGGCAUCUACAGAAGAAUAUAAAUCCUCCAAAUGUCAUUGAGACGAAUCUUGUUGAUAUUUAAAUUAGUUGUGGAUUAUCAUCAUAGACGACACCACCUUGCUGGUGUGAUGGAGUGGAAAGAUGGCCUGCUCAUUUAAAGUCAAUAGUGAAUGUCCUGAUAUCUUACUCAGAAGUGUUCGGGAGUCUGCUAACAGUGAUGUUAUACCACUUGGACAAGUGUACGAUUGUAUUGUACUGUACAUGCCAUUAUUAUUGUAAAUACUUGGAUUUACUGAUUAGAAAACAUUAUAUUUACGCUGAGUUGCAGUAUAUUUGCAUUUAGUUGCAUGUUUCUUUGUCCGAGUGUGUCAUCUUUCUUGCCUGAAUAUGAUUAAAGGCACUGGGCCCGAAA